GCGUAAAUGCAUGCACUGCGAGACUCUGUCAACAUCCAAACCCAGUCGAAUGAGUCUGCCUCAAUAAUUAUGAAUAAAUACCAAGUAAAUUGUGAGUCCCUAUUCAGUUUGAAUAUUCACAGACAGACGUGUAAGUAAAACCAAUUUUGUCUCCGUAUAUCUCAAGCGAUAAGCAUUUUUAUCGACAUUUUAUUUAAUUGACAUAGAAUUAGUUCGAAAAAUACUUUUAUAUAAAUUGAAUUGCAAUAAAAAACACAAAUUUCUCCCCCAACUAUUUUUGUACACAACACACGUUUUGACUCAAAAUGGCAAAAACUCCGAUAAGGUCUAUACUCACCAUCAUUUUGGGAUUUGCUUUUUGUUGUACUUGCCAAUCAAAUGGGCCCGAUUUUUUUUCUUCUUGGGCAAAACUCCAAAUUUCACCGGAUCCGUCAAGUUCCAUGGAGUAUGGCAACUUUCUCAUUGAAAUGUACGAACAUACCAAUAAUCACAAAGCAACUGCUAGCGACAAAAAGUAUUUCUAUUCUCCAAUUGCGCUAUUGGACCACAAAACUGCCGUUAGUAUAUACAACAACGUCACAAAGCAAUCAGAAAUGAGAUUUCGCAUUGAAAUGUGGAACGACAAAGUACAAAAUAAAGUUGUGAACCAUUUGCAAGAAAUUUUCGGCCAUGAUAUUAAAUCCAAUACAGUGAGAGUCAUUCCCUUGGAGAAGGUCAUUCUCACGAGCAACAUACCAACAGUAGAUUAUUCUUUAUCGCCAGUGUGGACGAAUUAUGACAGGAGCAAGACCCUGAAGCUUUCUCUGUCGUGUUAUGACCAGAAAGUUUGUGACGGACUGGCCAAUGAAAUGCGAUCUAAUCCUGAACAAUUUGACCAUUUGAAAAUCCUCUACAGUUUGUCACCGCAGAAAUCGCAAACCAAACAGACGACCAUCACCAUCGACAACAUCACUUCCGGUCAAAUGGUCACUACUCUAAUACAGAAAUUUGGAAACGAAAAAGAGGUUUUUCUGACAGCCAACGACAAGAGGAAAAUGUUGGCGGAAAUGGCCACCAAGAUUCGAAUGGAUACAUUCGACGACUACGAGGUCGUGUCUCCGGACUCGGAAAUUCAAAUUUUUAAUAUUUUAAAGGAUUUGCUAGUCACGUCCAAGACGACUAUAAAAGAACAAUGCGACAAAAUGUGGGACUCUGUCUUCUGGGAUGAGGAAAAUUACCGACCGGACAAGACGACGAAAACAUUAAAUGAUAUCAUCAAGAAACUGGACAUGGAAACUCAAAAGAAAUUGGCGGAUAUGUUUAAAGAAGAGGACAGGCAAUCGGAAAUAAUGGAAAUAUUAACUUCAAGUAAUAAAGACGCGGAGGAAAAAUUUCUUCCUGUAUAUCAACCGUUAAAUGCGCAUGGAAAUGAAAUGACAAUUGAAUCAAUGGAUCAAGAGCAAUUCAGCCGCCAUCAAAUCGAGAAAUGUCAACCUGCCAAGGAUGAGGAUCAGCAAAAUCAAAAAUUUAAAGAAAGAAUCCAACACAAUUUCGACUCAAACAGUUGGGCUGACGUGGACAAAAUAAGUUCAAAAAUUGCAGGGAAAAUGGCAAACGAAUUCGUUAGUUCCCGGAGUAUCGACAUUUUGAAGGAAGAAGUAAAUAAGUUGUUACAAGAAAGUAGAGACCACGUCCAAUGGGACGGGGAGAAAUUCGUGCCAAAACUUUUGCAACUGACCAGCAUCAGUUUGCGCAAAUUCCGCGACUCUCAAUCGUUUCAGGAUCAAGUUCAUGAUCGCAACGUUCUUGUCCGUUACACGAACGCCGAAUUGUCGUCGUCCAUCAAAUUUAAAGAACACGCAGAAUCGAUUGCCAGUGACGAAUGGAACAAUCUGAAGGACGAACUGAGAGCCGAUUUGCAACGAUUAGGUCACGAACUAAAAAUCGCCGAAGACAAACUGAGAAAAGAGCUGAGAGAAACUUCAAGUGACAAGGCCUCAGCAGGGGAACUGAACAAUUUGAGAGAUGAACUGAGAGCAACUUCAAGUAAGUUGGAAACUACAAUAGCAAAUUUGGCCUCAGCGAGAUUGGAAUUGAGCGGCACGAAGUCCAUCAUUGCGGAUUUUACGACCAAACUAAAUGACAGUACGAGUGAAAUAGUUGCUGACAUUGGUGAAAUGCCAACCUCCUGUGAAGAUUUGCAGCGAAUAGGACAUAAACUGAGCGGAUUCUUUUUGGUGAAAGGGUCGAUGAAGAUGGAAGCUGUUUACUGCAAAUUUUAUUCGGAUGGAUAUGCACGACAGGAAUUGAUCGGAUAUGCCGACGUCAAAUCGACGCCCGUCUAUUUCUACGUCCAGAGAAAAGCUCAUUACGAGACACGCUGGUUCACCUCAACUGGUACUCCGAUUACGUACGAAUUAACCCAGGUGAACGAGGGAAAUGCCAUGGAUUUACCAUCGGGGAAGUUCACGGCACCGCGACCGGGAAUUUAUUUCUUCUCGUUCACGGCACUGGUGCGAUUUCCAUCUUCUUUUCUUCUUGUUCGCUUUGGAGUUGGUCUUUAUUUGAACGUUAAUCGAAUCGGAUUGGCUUUUGUUGAAGAGUAUUACACCGCCGAUGGUCAAAACGAUCAAGUGACCAUCCAGUCUACUCUAAAAUUGAAAGCCGGCGAUCAAGUCUGGGUGCAGAUUGAUAGCAUGUCAUGGGGGGUGGCGUUAACUGAUUAUGAUGAUCAAUACACCCAUUUCACGGGUUUCAUGUUGGAGGAGGAAAUCGUCGCGUCCUCCUGAGAGUACUGAUCGCCCGAAAUUUGCAAAAUCAUCAUCGACUGACAGUUAACACGGAAAACUGUUUUUGUUUGAUUAAUAACGGUGAAUGCUGGAAGGGAAUCCAUUUAGUUCUAAAUUUCAUUAAGGGGUGGGAAUUUCUUCUCUCUAUCUACGCAAAAAUUUUAACUGUGUAUGCAAAUGCGAACUUAGUACUGAAUACACACACAGAUUUUAAAGUUUCUACCUGCAAAAA